AUGCCAACGUUAGCGCACAUGAUCUAUCAGGACCACCAAACACACUUCAGCGUGGAGUCCAACGAUGCCCGGCAGCUGGUGGCCACAGCUGCCGGGAACAUUGAGAAGUUGCUGCAAAACCGCGCCAAGGCCCUGAAGAGGCUGGCAACAGAUGCGGAACUCUUCCAAAUGGAGCACGAAUGGCAGGACAACAGUGAGGCUGAUAAAAUGGCAUACUACAAUGCCAAAGAUGAUCUCAACCAGACGGAGAAGAAGAACCGCUAUGUCCCUGAGGACUUCCACGUAGAUCCGGACUUCAAGCGCCUGGUGUCGUACAACACCACGGCCGUCCACAUCCCCACCGACAUAUACGAAGGCUCCACCAUCAUCCUCAACGAGCUCAACUGGACCGAGGCCCUAGAGGACGUCUUCCGUAAAAACAAGGAGGAAGACCCGUCUCUCCUGUGGCAGGUGUUUGGUUCCGCCACGGGGCUGGCUCGCUACUUCCCAGCAUCCCCCUGGAUCGACUCGAGCAAAUCAGCCAAUAAGAUUGACCUCUACGAUGUACGCAGACGGCCAUGGUACAUCCAGGGGGCGGCCUCACCCAAGGACAUGCUGAUCCUGGUGGACGCGAGCGGCAGCGUGUCGGGUUUGACCCUCAAGCUGAUCCGAACGUCUGUCAGCAAGAUGCUUGAGACGCUGUCCGACGACGACUACGUCAACGUCGUCUAUUUUAACAACGAAGCCACGCACGUCACCUGCUUCGAGAACCUGGUGCAGGCCAACGUGCGCAACAAGAGGAAACUGAAGGACGCUGUGCAGGGCAUCAGCGCCAAAGGAACCACCAACUACAAGGGGGGCUUCGAGCUGGCCUUCAAGCAGCUCGCCCAAGUGAACGUGUCCCGGGCCAACUGCAACAAGAUCAUCAUGCUCUUCACCGAUGGAGGCGAGGAGCGUGCUGAGGAGAUCUUUGAGAAAUACAACCCCAAACAAGCUGUGCGCAUUUUUACGUUCUCAGUUGGGCAGCACAACUAUGACAAGGGGCCCGUACAGUGGAUGGCGUGCACUAACAAAGGUUACUACUAUGAGAUCCCUUCCAUUGGUGCCAUCAGGUUGAACACUCAGGAGUACCUUGAUGUUUUGGGCAGACCGAUGGUCAAAGCGGACCGAAAGGCCAAGCAGGUCCAGUGGACCAACGUGUACCAGGAUGCUCUGGAGCUCGGACUGGUCAUCACAGGAACGCUUCCUGUCUUCAACAAGACCAACACAGGGUCAAAGAAAUCUCAGAACCAGCUCAUCUUGGGUGUCAUGGCCAUCGACGUCUCGCUGGAAGACAUCAAGAGACUCACGCCACGCUUUACUUUCGGACCAAAUGGUUACUACUUCGCCAUCGACCCCAACGGAUACGUGCUGCUCCACCCUAACCUCCAACCACCGACGGCUGAGUUCCACGAGCCUGUCACGCUGGACUUCCUGGAUGCUGAGCUGGAGAACGAAGUCAAAGUGGAGAUAAGAAGGAAGAUGAUUGAUGGUCUUACAGGGAAUUAUGCAAUAUCUGCUCUGGUCAAAUCACAAGAUGAGCGCUACAUAGAUCUGGGUCAGAGGACCUACACCUUUGCACCAGUGAAGGGUACAGAUUACAGUCUGGCGCUGGUGCUGCCUGACUACAGCUCACAUUACAUCCGAGCCACCAUUGGCGACACCAUCACCCAAGCCAAAUUUUCUGAGAGUCUGCUGGCUGACAAGUUUGAUGAAUACGGCUUCACGCUCAUAGCACCGAGGGUGUACUGCAAGGACCUGAAGCUGCCCGACAAGGACAAAAGCAAUACGGAGUUCCUCAUGGAGUUCAACAAUUACAUCGACACCAAGACUCCCAACAACCCCAUGUGCAAUGUGGAGCUGGUGAACCGAUUGCUCCUGGAUGCUGGCAUCACUUCAGAUCUCAUCAAGAUUUGGAAAGAGAAUAAGCUGCCGCACGGUGUCACAGCCAGAUUUGUUGCCACCGAUGGAGGGAUCACCCGGGUAUACCCCAAAAGUGCGGGUCUGAACUGGAAAGAGGAGGCAGAAACGUACGAGUCCAGUUUCUACAAGCGCAGUUUGGACAACGACCUGUACAUCUUCACUCCGACGCUGUACCUUAAAGACAACACGAGUGACGACUCUGUCCUUGUGAGCAGAGCGGUCAAGUUCAAGAUUGACAAUAAGCUCCUAAAACCAGCAGUGGUGGGCGUCAAGUUGGACAUCAGCACCUGGAUGGCCAGCUUCAUCAACACCACGCAGAAGACCAAUUGCACAGAUGAGAUCUGUGGCUGCCAGCGGAACGAUGAGUACGUAGACUGCGUCAUUCUGGAUGAUGGCGGCUUUCUGGUGAUGUCCAAUCGGGACGAAUACGUCGAUCAGAUCGGGCGCUUCUUCGGAAUGAUCGACCCCAUCCUGAUGAUUAACCUGGACAACUCCUCUCUGUUCACCUCCAAGAAGUCCUUCGACUACCAGUCUCUGUGUGACCCUAAGAAGGAGACCAAGGCGGCGGCGGGCCUGCGAUCUGUCUAUGUGCCCUCCAUUGCUGAUAUUCUGAGUGUCGGGUGGUGGGCCUCUGCUGCAGCCUGGUCAAUCCUGCAACAGUUGCUGGUCAGCAUCACGUUCCCAAACUUUCUGGAUGCAGCCGACACGGACGAGGACAUAGACAUCAUGCACAAGGAAGUGUGCAUCACCGAGCAAACGCAGUACUACUUUGAGACCGACAACCCUUCCUUCAAAGGCACUGUGGACUGUGAAAACUGCUCCAGACUUUACCACGCCGAGAAGCUGCCCAACACAAACCUGGUCUUCGUCAUCGCCGACGCCAAACUCACCUGCUCGUCAUGUGACAGCAAGCCGCUGAUACAGGAUGAACAGCAGUCUGACGGACCGGAUCCAUGUAAGAUGGCCCAGAAUCCUCGCUACAGGAAAGGCCCCGCCGUCUGCUUCGAUAACAACGAGCACGACGAGGCCCUGUGCCGGCGCAGCGCUGGCUCCCCGUUGGCGUCGUCUGCGCUCAUGUUACUGCCGCCACUGUUCUUGUGCUUUGCCGGGAGGAAGACCCCGACUGUGGCGGGGCGUCCGGCCUGAGCCCCUCGUUGUGGCUGAUGGUGGUUCUUCAGCUGGCGCUUCUCUGGGUCCCGACCGGCUCCAGACAUCACGGCGUACCGUCUUGACCUCCCGAUCGCACCGUCCGUCAACACCGUCUGCCGCCGCCAUCUUUCUACCAGCAUGCGACGCCGCCUCUCGACAGUUUUCUUUUUUUUUUUAGCCGGAAGAAGCCUUCAGUGGACACUUUGGAUUGUUGACCUCCGUGAUGGACGAGCUGGUGCUAAAUUGAGGACUUAAGAGUUGUUCGAUUCCUCGCUGCCACAAGCAGACAUUUUUGUUUGGAAGACAUCAAUAGUGGCGAGCGUUGUUGGUUUAAAGCAAGGUAGACGACUACCACUGAGCGCCACCGUGUUCCACAAACCUCCUAACCCUCCAAAGUUCUUCCCUGAAUCCUCAGCCUCUGAAUUUUGAUGACUGCCACCGUGCGCAUGAACCAAUCAGAAAGAAGCUGACGGAAAUAUCUCUAGUGCCAUGUGCGACGCUUGUUAGCUUUUGAUUUAUUGGAUUAUUUUUUUAGAAAAUUGAAGAAAACAAACGCUUAAGAUUUGAUUUUGAAACAAUGAUCUGCACUUUGUGUGUUUUGCUACUGAAGUCCUUUCGUCUUUUUGCCAACUGGCAAAACAACAAACAACAAAACUCCUUAAAGGUCCCGUAUUACUUUU